ACAAGUCCACGUUCCAAGUUCGAUCGCUUUGAUUUCGGUUCCCUUCUUUUUCAACUUAUUAUUUCCUCUGGUACUCUCUCGUCUAGUCUCGACUAUGCCCUCUCUGUUUUUGAUCAAAUUCCCCAACCCAACACCCGUUUCUGCCACAAGCUUCUGCGAGAAUUAUCAUGAGGUUCUGGGCCGGAGCGUGCACUUUUUGUGUACGAGAAGAUGAGGGCUGAGGGUCUGAGUUUGGAUAGGUUCUGCUUCCCUCCGCUGUUGAAAGCGGCUUCGAGGAAUCUUUCCUUGAGAACGGGGAUGGAGAUUCAUGGACUCGCGUCAAAGUUGGGAUUCGGGUCAGACCCAUUUGUGGAGACGGGGUUGGUUAGAAUGUAUGCAGCCAGUGGACGGAUAAUGGAAGCUGGGUUGGUGUUUGAUAAAAUGUCUCAUAAGGAUGUCGUUACCACUGAUUGGUAUUGCUUAAGUGGUUGUUAUGAUCUCGCCUUUCAACUCUUUGAAGAAAUGAAGAGAACAAGCUUGGAACUAGAUGAAAUGAUUCUUUCUACCGUUCUUUCUGUGUGCGCUCGUGCUGAAACUUUGGAUUUUGGAACAAAAAUACACGAGUUCAUUGCUAAGAAGAAUUUUGUCAUGGAUCCUCGCUUACGAAGUGCUCUCAUCACGAUGUAUGCAAGCUGUGGCGCCAUGGACUUGGCUUGGGAUUUGUAUGAAAAGAUUUCCCCUAAAUACAUGGUUGUCUUGACUGCCAUGGUUUCUGGGCUUGCAAAAGGUGGAAAAAUUGGAGAUGCUCGCAAUGUCUUUGAUCAAAUGGUGGAGGACUUGAUAUGUUGGAGCGCAAUGAUUUCUGGAUAGACUGUGAGUGACUAUCCUCAAGAGGCUUGUAUUAUUCAAGAAAAUAGCAACAACUAGAAAUGAAACCUGAUGUAGUCACCAUGCUUUAGAUCAACAACUAGAAAUGUCAUUUCAGAUUGUGCUCAUCUUGGCGCUUUAGAUCAAGCCAAAUGGAUACAAAAUUAUGUUGAUAAAAAUGGGUUUGGCAAGGCAUUAUCUGUCAAUAAUGCACUCAUUGAUAUGUAUGUCAAAUGCGGGAGUCCAGAAGGAGGAAGAGAAGUUUUUGGAAAGACGCCAAAGAAAAAUGCAAUAUCUUGGACAAUUAUGAUUAAUGCUCGAAUGCAUGGAGAUGUUCACAGUGCUUUAAGCCUAUUUCAUCAAAUAAAAGUUGAAAAUGUGGAGCCUAAUUGGAUCACAUUUGUAGGGUUGCUUUAUGCUUGUAGCCAUGGAGGUCUAGCUGAGGAAGGCCGAAGAAUAUUUCAUUCAUUGACCAAUGAGUAUGGUAUAAGUCCCAAGCAUGAGCACUUUGGUUGAAUGGUUGACGACCUGUUUUGCCGUGCAAAUCUUCUCAGUGAAGCUCUUGAGAUGAUUGAGGCAAUGCCCUUUGCUCCUAAUGCUAUCAUUUGGGGGUCCCUUAUGGCUGCUUGUCAUGUCCAUGGUGAGACUGAGUUAGGAGAAUUUGCUGCUAAGUAAGUUCCCAAACAUGAGCCUGAUCACGAUGGGGCUCUCCUUGUCGUCUUAUCAAACUUAUAUGCUAAAGAAAGAAGAUGGGAAGGCGUAGGGGAAGUUAGAAAAGUAAUGAACAAGAUGGGCGUUUCAAAAGAGGGAGGAGGACGCAGUAGAAUUGAAUUGAUCAACGAGGUCCAUGAAUUUCAAAUGGCAGAGAAGCAAGCAGAUCAAAUAUAUCACAAUUUAGAUGAGGUAGUUCAAAAGCUGAAUCUGGUUGGUUAUACGCCACAGACAAAUUGUGUGCUUAUCGACUUAGAGGAAGAAAAGAAGAAAUCAACCCUUCAGCACAGCGAAAAGUUGGCACUUCGCGAUGCCCUCAUGAAUGGAGGGCGACACAUUUACAUUACAAAGAACCCUCGGAUUUGUGAAUAUUGUCAUGCUUUUAUGAAAUUAGCCUAAAAAAUAUAUGCCAGAGAGAUCUUCAUUAGGGACAGAAGUAGAUUUCACCAUUACAAAGACGGUUCAUGUUCUUGUACAGACUACUGGUGACCAGUUCUCGUAAGUAUACAGUCUUAUUGAACUGAAAUUUUCUUUUCCUGACAUAAUAUAUGUAAAGAAGCAUGUUGUCUAA